AAUAAUCAACUAGGACCAUUACCGACUACACAAUCGAAGUCGCACUUUCUAAAACUGGGUUGAAGAUACUACGUUGCCAAGAUUUAGGAUCCUAAAAUAAAUCUCGACCUCGGGACUCUAAUAUCUUUUGGCUGGGUGAGCCGCGUCGAAAACUCCCUGACACAACGCAAGCCUGAUACGAGAUGAGAACGCCCACGCCCUUCUCUUCUCCAUCUAUAUUGACUCAUUUAGCCAUGACCAGUACCUUCGAACCACUCAGCACUGCGCCAUUUAUCGUCAUUUUUCUGGGGCACACGCCUUCCAAACUCGCCUGAACCAUGAUGUCCGCAAGAGCAAAUGCCAACGCCUCUUUCAUGGACCGCCAUGAUAGCUCAGCUUGCCAAAAAUGGCCGCUCAUUCGAAGUCAUGCGCCUCUUCGUCCAAAUGCGAGCCCAAGGAUCGCGCCCGAAUCACGCCACUCUUUGCUCAGUUAUUGCCACUUGCUCGAGCCACGGCCCGAGCCAUUUAGGCCCUCCACUUCAUGGGCUCGUCCUCAAGUCUCGGCCAUGGCUCGAGCCUGAUAUUGGGGUCUGGAAUUCUCUGGUUUCUAUGUACUCAAAGAGAGGAAGCUUAGCAGAGGCUCUCAUGCUCUUUGAGAGGAUGAAAGCAAAGGAUACUGUUUCUUGGAACAUCGCCAUUAAUGGGUGCUUGAGAGAGGGAUAUUUUGAAAUGGGGUUUGGUUUUUUCAGGAGAAUGAGGGUAUUGGAUAGAGCCCAGCAACCAGAUCCCGCCACUUUUACCACCAUCACAUCGGCUUCAGCUCAGUUAGGGUUUCUGCAACUUAUUGAAACUUUACAUUGCUUGGUUAUGAAAAAUGGGUUUUAUUAUGGGGAAAUUCCAGUAGGGAAUGCAUUGAUUUCAACGUAUUUUGUGCACGAGAAAUUGUUCGAUGAAAUGGAUGAGAGAAAUGUCUGUUCUCGUAAAGUGUUCGAUGAGAUGCCUGUGAGAAACGUGGUGUCUUGGACUGCCAUGAUCACCGGCUAUUUUCAUAGAGAGAUGUUCAAUGAGUGCUUGAUCUUAUUUAAAGAAUGUCUUGGCUCAGAAUCUGUGAGGCCGAACUCUGUGACCUUUUGCUGCUCACUCCAAACUUGCACAGUCUCACAAUCUUUCAAACUGGGAUUGGUGGUCCACGGCCUUGUGAUAAAAUAUGGUGUUCUCCCUGAUUCAUGCUUAGAGAGCUCACUCAUGGACAUGUAUGCAAAAUGGGGUCAAAUGCUUGAUGCCGUGAAGCUUUUUGAAAUGGCAGAGUCCCAUGACAUGGUGACCACAACUGUGCUCCUCGUUGGUCUCGCACAAAAUGGGUUUGUCGAAGAAGCUUUAAGCCUCUUCUCCAAAAUGAGGAAUUCGGGUAUCGAAAUGGAUGAGACCGUUGUCUCUGCAGUCCUUGGAGCAUGCACUAAUGGCUCAUGCAUGGCUUUGGGACUACAGAUACAUGGCCAUGCCAUCAAGUCAGGGGUGGUCACGAGCAAUGUAUUUGUGGGCAAUGGAUUGGUCACCAUGUAUUCAAAGUCCGGAUCACUUAACGAUUCGAUGAGAGUCUUUAAUGAGAUGAAUUAUAGAAACCAAGUAUCAUACAAUGCUAUGAUUGCGGGUCUAGCUCACCAUGGUCGAGGCGCCGAAGCUGUAGAACUCUUUGAAGUGAUUGAGAGGGAAGGUUUGGAACCGAACGAUGUCACUUUCUUGUCUUUGCUCCAUGCUUGUAGUCAUGGAGGAUUGGUAGAGAAGGGUUUCAGACUAUUUGAGUCCAUGUAUAAAGACCAUGGAAUGAGCCCAAGACUAGAGCACUAUGCUUGUAUGGUGGACAUGUUGGGGAGGGGUGGGAGGCUAAAAGAAGCGAAAAACUUCAUCGAUGGGAUGCCAUAUGCACCUGGUGCACAAGUUUGGCAAGCAUUGCUCGGGGCCUGCAAGAUUCAUGGCGACACCGAGAUGGGGGAAUUCGCUGCUAAGCAAUUGCUCAGCUUGGUGCCCGAAAAAUCUUCUGCUUAUGUUCUGAUGUCCAAUAUAUAUUCAUUUGAGGGGAGGUGGGAUGAGAAGGCUAGAGUUAUGAAGGAAAUGAGAGAGAGAGGUGUGAAGAAAGAAGCUGGAGUGAGUUGGAUUGAGGUGGGGAGAAUGGUGCAUGGAUUUGUAGUAGGGGAUAGGAUGCACCCUCAAGCUGAGGUUAUACAUGAGGAGUUGAAGGGGUUGAUUGGUUUGAUGAGAGAUGAAGGCUAUGUGCCUGAUCUAAGGUUUUUGUUGCAUGAUAUGGAUCUUGGGAGCACCUUUUAGAGGCUGCUAUUACAUGAAGGGCAAUGAAACAGUGUAGGAAGCUUUAUGUUUGGAUGACGACAAGCUAUGGGUCCAUUCUUUAAGAUUAAUUUUGGAUAAACUAAUGUUGAGUUGUGAAAUACAAUUUCACAUAUGUAAAUUGAUGGCUUGAUGCCUAUGAUUAGGGCAUGAAGCAAUUUUUGCAUGGGAAAUGUAUUAACAUGCACCUAU